GUUGGAUCUGUGAACUCAACCUGGGACAAACGACAUCCCCGGAGUCCAGCAAUCCAAUUGUGAGUAAGAGGAGCCCUUGACUAGCUAGAUUUGCUUGACGCGCAAUGAUGAACAACAUAUCAAAGAACCGUUGCGACUGACGCGCUAUGCGUACAAUGCAAUGAGGCCAACACCAAGUCUCCAGUUCCUGCGGCCGUACACCUGGAAGUCUGUCGGUCCGCCUAACCGGGCCUACCUACGCUUCUUCCACCUAGCCCGGCAGCAGGAGCUGGAGCAAGCCAACGCCCUGAAAUAUCCCCGCCUCCGCCAUAAUGGCCCGCCUAUGCGGAUCCCGGACUUCCGGGAGAAGUAUGCCCGCAUCCAGCAGGGCGAGGUUGCCGAGGAGGAGGUCACCCUGCACGGCCGUAUCGAAUCUGUCCGGCGUGCCGGGUCCAAGCUCAUCUUCUUGGAUAUGAAGGGCGAGUUUGAGCGUGUGCAGGGCAUCUGUAAUUUUGGGAAGCUCGUAGACGACACGACCAUAGAUGGGCUGAAGGAGCUUGCCAGGCUGCUCACCAGGGGCGACAUCAUCUCUGUGACCGGGAAGGCCACGCGCACGCCGGCUGGCGAGCUGACCAUCCAGGCGACCUACCUCCCCGAGCUGCUGACCCCAAGCCUUGUCCCCCUACCGACAAAGCUAGUGGACGAGGAGUCGCGGACGCAGCACCGCCACCUCGACAUGCUCGUUAACCGCCGGACGACAGACAUCCUGCGGCUGCGGUCCUACCUCAUAAAGUACCUCCGCGACUUCCUGCACGACCGAGGUUUCCUCGAAUUCCAGACCCCUAUUCUAGCUGGAGACGCCGGCGGUGCGAAUGCCCGCCCCUUCACCGUCUCUGCCAAGACGGUAUCCAGGGAUAUCUCCCUGCGAAUCGCCCCGGAACUGUGGCUCAAACGGCUCGUCGUGGGAGGCGUGGACCGCGUUUUUGAACUCGGCCCCGCCUUCCGCAACGAAGGCAUCGAUCAGACCCACAACCCGGAGUUCACCAUCUGCGAGUUCUACCACGCCUACGCCAAUCUAUCCGACCUCAUCUCCCUCACCGAAGACUUGAUCCGCGGCGCAGCUGCCCACUGCCAAUCCCUCAUCUCGACCAAACUCACCUCCCUCCCGCCCAUCGAUCUCUCAACGUACCAAAGCCCCUUCAAACAGGCCGAGUUCAUCCCCACCCUCGAAGCAGCCCUCAAUUUCACACUCCCCGAUCUCACCUCCCCAACCGCCCUAUCCGACCUCGUCGCCUUACUCAAAGAGCAUAACAUAUCCCUAGACGCCCUAAGCGCUGACAACGACAACAACGCGCCCGCAACCUCCCUCCCGCAGCUCCUCGACCGCCUCGCGGCAACGUACAUCGAGCCGCUGUCCUCUACCGCGCCUCUCUUCCUCACCCACCACCCGGUGUGCAUGUCCCCGCUCGCCAAGAGCUUUGUCUGCCCCAAGACGGGCCAGACCGUCUCCGCGCGAACAGAGCUGUUCAUGGGCGGGCGAGAGAUCGCCAACAUGUACGAGGAGGAGAACGACCCGUUCGAGCAGCGGCGCAAGUUCCUCCUCCAGGCGGCGACACGCAACGCGGAUGGGGAAGGGGACGACGGGUCAGUCGAGAUCGACGAGAGCUAUGUGCAUGCGCUCGGGUCCGGGCUGCCGCCUACGGGUGGGUGGGGUUGUGGCGUGGAGAGGCUUGUGAUGCUGUUUGCGGGGACCAGGCGGAUCAGCGACUGUCUCAGCUUUGGAAACUUGAGGAAUGUGGUCGGGCUGGCUGCUGCUGGUGGGAAGCGGGUUCCGGAGCUGGAACAGGGUCAGCAGGAGCAGGGGAGGGGCAGGACAUCUGUCGCGGCUUCUAGUGCAGAAGUUGAGUGAUAGUGAUGUCUUGUUGUACAGGACUGCACUAUAGUAUGAAUGUAUGAGUUGUGGUUGAUUAGACACCAGAUACCCCCAACUGAUUCCGUUGGCGAUCAGAUCGAGAUACGUUCAGUAUGUCUCGCUAUAUUCAGAUGCUGGUCCGCCCUAACAACCCCUCUCCCCCAAACGCGGGCCACCUGCUGUCUU